UUUACAGAUUGUGUCCUUUAUCGUCAUUUUCGUUCUUUCUUCGUCAUCUUCCAAAUUAAAAAAAUAAAAAACCAUUUCAUUUCAGCAGCCUGUGCUUUCGUACCAAUUUUGAUCGGAAAUUAGAAAAUUGAAAAUCGUCUUAAAUAAUUGGUUUGUUUUGAGAUUAUAGAAGGAAGGUGAAGGUUUUUUGUAUGGUGGUAGAGAAGAGAAAUAGAAGUUGCUACUGAAUUGUCAGUCGUUCGCUGUGGUGUUUUUGUCCUUGCGUUUUCUUGAGAUCUACGCUAAACAUGGAGUGUUGACAAGUUCAAACUUCUUCCUCUGAUUGUCAAAGGCUCCAGCUAGCUCCUGCUUAUUGAUUUGGAUGUCAUUAUUCUUCUUCUGUUAAUUUUUUUCUCUUUGCCGCGUUAAAGCUUGACUCUUUUCAGUCAUUGAGAGAAAGCAAGUUGUAGAGUAUAAAAAGCUUGUGGAACCCAAAACGAAAAGAUAUUCUAAUGGUGCUUUAGUGUCCAUGGCCUCGGUCUAAGUGUUAAAGUAUAUCGUUUGCUAGCUUUUUUCUUUCAUUCCUUCUACACGCUCAUAAUAAUCAUCAUAACCCCAUCUUUAUUAUCUUUGUUUUUUUUCCUUUUUAAAUUUGGGAUGUCUUAGAAUUUUCAAUAGCAUCACAAUCUGUAGUUUCUUCUGCAGAUGGAAUCUGUGAAACCUUCAGCCAUGACUCCAGCCAAGAGUAAAUUGGCACGUACGUUUGCUAAAGUUCUUCAUAUUCGAGCUGUAUCUGGGGUUGCUCCGGUUGAUGGAGUUAAGAAAGUUAAGCCUCAGGAGAAGGUGGUCAAAGAUGAUCAGAAGCCUGUUAAAAGUAAAGGUAGUUGGUCUCAGUUAUUUGACAAGGAUGAUAAAGAUGAUGAAAACAAAGUGGUCAUUGAAGCUCUUCUUGCAAAAAUUUUUGCAACCAUUUCAUCAGUUAAAGCUGCGUAUAGUCAAUUGCAAUACGCGCAGUCUCCAUAUGAUGCCGAGGGUAUUCAAUCUGCUGAUUGUUUGGUAGUUAAAGAGUUGAAGAAUUUGUCUGAAUUUAAGCAGUGUUACUUUAAGAAACAGUUUGAUUUUUCCCCAGAGAAAACGUUGGUUUCUGCUGAAAUUCAGGAGUUGAAUAGUCUUCUAAAGACUUAUGAAAUCAUGAGGAAGAAGUUAGAAUCUCAGCUGAGGCUCAAGGACUCUGAAAUCAUAUUUCUUAGAGAGAAGUUAGAGGAAAUCAAUAAACAAAACAAGUUAACAGAGAAGAGAUUAUAUUCAAGUGGCCAGUUAUCUAUGCUUGAUCAUCUGCACUUCUCAGGGUUAAGUCCUAGUCAUUUCAAUGCAGUUCUUCGGCAUGCUGUGAAAUCUAUCAGAGGCUUCGUCAGGUUAAUGAUUGAUGAGAUGAAAACUGCCGGAUGGGAUAUUGAUGCUGCAGCCAAUUCAAUUCAACCAAAUGCGGUUUAUUAUAAAGCUGAUCACAAAUGUUUUGCAUUUGAAUCCUUCGUUUGCAGGGAAAUGUUCAAUGCUUUUCAUUACCCCAAUUACUCCCCAGCAAAGGAGCCGUUGCCAGAGAGAAAGAAACAACAACAGCAACAGCUGUUCUUUGAGAGAUUCACAGAACUAAAGUCUGUGAAGGCAAAAGAUUAUCUCUCAAGGAAGUCUAAAUCAUCCUUUGGAAAAUUUUGCCGGGUCAAGUACUUGCAAGUGAUUCACCCGAAAAUGGAAUCAUCAUUUUUUGGCAAUCUUAACCACAGGAACCUUGUGAAUUCUGGUGAAUUUCCAGAUACCGGAUUCUUUGCCUCAUUUGCAGAAAUGGCAAAACGUGUUUGGCUUCUACACUGCUUGGCCUUUUCAUUUCAGCCUGAGGCCUCAAUCUUUCAAGUAAACAAAGGGACUCGAUUCUCGGAAGUCUACAUGGAAAGCUUAGAUGAUGAAGCCUUCCUUCCAUCAAACAACACACAAGAAUCCGACCCUCGAGUCGCUUUCACAGUUGUUCCAGGCUUUAGGAUCGGUAAAACUGUUCUACAGUGCCAGGUUUAUCUCUCCCAAUUUCAAACUAAUCACAACCACUAAUCACGAUUGGACCACAUCCUAAAACAUUGAUUGACUGGAAGGCCAUCCUCCUGGGAAAAAACUUGGAUGUGGGCAAUGCACAUGUAUCCAUCGAAUGAGUCAGCAACGCAUGAGCAAAAAUGACAUAUAAUGCAUCCUCAUUGGUCGGAUACGUUGCACCGUCGGCAUCCAAGAUUUUCUCAAAGUUCUGAUUUUUCUUUCAAAAAGUAAAGAUCAGACAAAUGGGUUGCCUGGUCGAUUAGUGUGUUGUGGGGACUCUAAGAUGGAUUUUGUCCUUUAUCUAUGUGGCCAAUUUGAAAAGAAAACCGCGUAGACUGAAUGAGUCAUUUUAGCUUAUAUGAUGUAAUGGGACUUCCUGCCAAAAUUUUGUUGAUAUUAGGCCAAUGACAGAGGGAUGUUAGCUGUUUUGCAUCAUUACUUUAUAAUUGUAUUGAUGUUUGUAAUGUACAUAUUGAUUUAUUUAAUAUUUAUAUAUCCUAGGUGGGAAUUUCAAUUA